GGUCCAGCUGCCCGGGAGGCUCCGCCCGUCGGCUCCGCUCCGCGGCCGCGCCUCCGAGCUGUCCGGCGGGCUCAGGCUCUGGCACUUCCGUUCUCUGUCCCCCAAGCACCAUGAGGGGCCUUCUAUGCUCGCCACUGCCUAUGUUGCUGCUGCUUCUCCAGCCCUCCUGGGAAAGCCAGCUCCAGUUCGCAGGUCCCAGGUGUCGAACGGGGCCCCUGGAUUUGGUGUUCGUGAUUGACAGCUCGCGCAGCGUGCGCCCCUUUGAGUUCGAAACCAUGCGGCAGUUCCUGGUGGGCCUCCUCCGCGGCCUGGACGUGGGGCCCAACGCUACGCGCGUCGGAGUGAUCCAGUACUCGAGUCAAGUGCAGAGCGUCUUUCGGCUCGGCGCCUUCUCGCGCCGCGAGGAUAUGGAGCGCGCCAUUCGCGCGCUGGUGCCGCUAGCUCAGGGCACCAUGACCGGGCUGGCGAUCCAGUACGCCAUGAACGUGGCUUUCAGCGUGGCCGAGGGCGCGCGCCCGCCGGAGGCGCGCGUGCCGCGCAUCGCUGUCAUUGUGACCGACGGGCGACCCCAGGAUCGCGUGGCUGAGGUGGCGGCUCAGGCGCGCGCCCGCGGCAUCGAGAUCUACGCCGUGGGGGUGCAGCGCGCCGACGUGGGCUCCCUGCGCGCCAUGGCGUCUCCCCCGCUGGACGAGCACGUCUUCCUCGUUGAGUCCUUCGAUCUUAUCCAGGAGUUUGGCCUACAGUUCCAGGGUCGGCUGUGUGGAAAGGACCUGUGUGUUGAGGGGGGACACGGCUGCCAGCACCAAUGUGUCAGCGCCCCGGGCACGUUCCACUGUGCCUGCAACCCUGGCUACCAGCUAGCUGCAGAUAACAAGAGCUGUUUGGCCAUUGACCUGUGCGCUGAAGGGACCCAUGGCUGUGAGCACCACUGCAUCAGCUCCCCAGGCUCCUAUUCCUGCCGCUGUCGAGCUGGCUUUGUACUCCAGCAGGACCAGAGAAGCUGCAGGGCCAUUGACCACUGCAGCUUUGGGAACCACAGCUGCCAGCACGAGUGUGUUAGCACCUUUCGUGGGCCCCGGUGCCACUGCAGAGAGGGCCACGACCUGCUGCCUGACGGGAGGAGCUGUCAGGCCCGGGACCUUUGCAAUGGUGUAGACCAUGGAUGUGAGUUCCAGUGUGUGAGUGAGGGCCUCUCUUACCGCUGCCUGUGCCCUGAGGGCCAGCAACUGCAGGCAGAUGGCAAGAGCUGCAACCGGUGCCGGGAAGGCCACGUGGACCUGGUUCUGCUCGUUGAUGGCUCCAAGAGCGUGCGCCCGCAGAACUUCGAGCUGGUGAAGCGCUUUGUGAACCAGAUCGUGGACUUCCUGGACGUGUCCCCCGAGGGCACGCGCGUGGGGCUGGUGCAGUUCUCCAGCCGCGUGCGCACCGAGUUCCCGCUGGGCCGCUACGGCACCGCGGCCGAGGUCAAGCAGGCGGUCCUGGCCGUGGAGUACAUGGAGCGCGGUACCAUGACAGGGCUGGCGCUGCGCCACAUGGUGCAGCACAGCUUCUCCGAGGCGCAGGGCGCACGGCCCCGCGCCCUCAACGUGCCUCGCGUGGGCCUGGUGUUCACAGACGGCCGCUCCCAGGAUGACAUCUCGGUGUGGGCGGCGCGUGCCAAGGAGGAAGGCAUCGUCAUGUACGCCGUGGGCGUGGGCAAGGCAGUGGAGGAGGAGCUGCGCCAGAUCGCCUCCGAGCCUGCCGAGCUGCACGUGUCCUACUCCCCCGACUUCGGCUCCAUGACGCACCUGCUGGAGAACCUCAGAGGCAGCAUCUGCCCUGCUGCACGUGGCUCGUGGCUACAGCACUGGACGGAGUGCAAACAGAACACUUCCAUCGCUGCAUGAAGUUUCAUUUGGAGAGUGCUGCCGUGUGGACUCUUGCUACUCAAAGUGUGGUCCGUGCACCAGCAGCAUAGGCAUCGCUCGGUCUUAGAAGCGUAGAGUCUCCUCUCUCCUUUGCCAUUCCAAAUGAGAAUCUGUAUUUUAACAAGAUCUGGUGAUUCCAAUGAGCAUUAAAGCUUGAAAAGCACUGUUCUAAGAUGUACGCACACACGCACACACGCACACAUGCACACACACCGUAGAAUCCUCAGCACCACCCAAUGAAUAGAUUUUCUCCUUGUAUCCGUUUU